AAGAGCCAGACUGAUAUGGGCGUAGCAUGAGUAUAUAAAGUUGUUUAGUUUCAAGCUGACUUGUAUCCAUCCAGGAGUUGUGUGCACCGAGGAAGGAUCAUGAAGUGUCUUGUUGCUAUUCUGGUCUGUGUGACGCUCGCCGAGGGCAUCAUCAAAGUCCCUCUGCAUAGGCACAAGUCUAUGCGUCAGGCCCUGAGAGACAAAGGAAUUGUACUGCCACGCCAAGAUCCAGGUCUCAAAUAUCGGCCCAGGGAGUUGGCUUCUGCGGACAUGUACAUCAACAACUACGCUGAUACCACCUACUACGGAGCCAUCAGCAUUGGAACACCCCCCCAGUCCUUCCAGGUGCUGUUUGACACCGGCUCUUCCAACCUGUGGGUGGAUUCUGUCUACUGUAACACUCAGGCCUGCAACACACACAGGAAAUUCAACCCUCAGCAGUCCUCCACCUACACUGCAAAGCAGCAGUCCUUCUACCUGCCCUAUGGAGCCGGAAGCCUCAAUGGAGUCUUUGGAUAUGACAAUGUCAAUGUUGGCGGUAUCGAGAUCACUAACCAGGAAAUUGGUCUGAGCACCAAUGAACCCGGUGAGAACUUUGUGGUGGCUCCGUUUGACGGUAUCCUAGGCCUGGCUUAUCCAUCCAUCUCAGCUGGAGGACAAACCCCUGUCAUGGACAGCAUGAUGGCUGAUAACCUGCUGAAUGCUGACAUUUUCGCUUUCUACCUGUCCAGGAAUGAACAGCAGGGUAGUGUGCUCUCUUUUGGAGAGGUGGACAACAACCUGUUCAAGGGCCAGAUCUACUGGACUCCUGUUGCCUCUGAGACCUACUGGGAGAUUAGCGUCCAAGGAUUCCAGAUUAAUGGUCAGGAGACUGGCUGGUGCUCACAGGGCUGCCAGUCUGUUGUGGACACUGGAACCUCCACGUUAACAGCCCCACAACAGUAUCUGGGUGACAUCCUGCAGGCUAUUGGAGCCCAAGAGAACCAGUAUGGAGAGUAUAUGGUGGACUGCAGCCAGAUCAACAACAUGCCAACUUUCAGCUUCGUCAUCAACGGCGUUUCUUUCCCUCUGCCUCCUUCUGCUUACAUCAUCCAGCAAAACCAGAAUGGAUACCAGUAUUGCUCUGUGGGCAUCACCCCCACCUACCUGCCCUCCAGUAAUGGCCAACCCAUGUGGAUCUUUGGAGACGUGUUCCUCAGAGAGUACUACUCCGUCUAUGACCGCGCCAACAACCAACUUGGUUUUGCUAUGGCCGUCUAAAUGUCCCGAAUGGAACCGCACUGUGAAUCUGAAGCUUUAGCCCAUCUUAGCAUCUUCUUUGUGAUGGUUCGCAACAGUCAUUUUGGACAAAAUGGCUUGAAUUGUUUGGCAUGUUUGUCAUUGUAAACUACAGUACAAAAUGAUGUAAGUCUUUUAAAUCUUCAAAUUGUUGCAUACAGAUCUUGACAAAGAUAUUGUGACUGGAUUUGCAUAUUCAAAAAAAAAGGUGAAAUGUGCCCACUCUCAAGCAGAAUAAAAAAUAAAGAAUAAAAAUGCCCCCUGGGAA